CUCCACCGACAGCGACACACCGUCACCAUGUCUGCGCCCAGUCUUGCGGCCACCGUCUCCAGGCGUCCCUGGUUGAAGAAGUUGUUCACUCCCUUGGCGAACUGGUAUGUCAAUGCUGCUGGCUACAGGCAGCUCGGCUUGAGAGCCGAUGAUCUUCUUCCGGAGGAGAACGACGUUGUCCAGCUCGCUCUCAAGCGUCUGCCGCCCAAGGAGGCCUACGACCGUGUAUUCCGCAUGCGCAGGGCUUUCCAGUGCUCCAUGUCCCAUACGCUUUUGCCCAAGGAGGAAUGGACCAAGGAUGAGGAGGACACUCCCUACCUGUCCCAAAUAAUUCAGCAGAUCGAGGCUGAGAUGAAGGAGCGCGAGGAUCUCGAGGCCAUGGUUGUGACAAGGCGGAAGGCGGCGCAGUAAACCAGAAUUACGGAAAGCGGCACCUAUUGAAGGGGAAAAGAAUUUGGCUGUGCGAUAGAGUGUAUAUCAACAUGUCAUUUCUCUCUGCUCGAGCGCCUCGCAAUGCCCUCCCGGCCAGCAUUGUUUCGAUUGUUAAGUACUUGUACGGCUUUCGACUGUUCCGGCCGAGCCAAUCUACCACUGCAUCUACGAUCUAUUGUUAUGAACAUAGACUGGAUAUGACCUGUCAAUCAUGUUUGAGAAUGUGUGGUAAUGGUUUUCGACUCGGUGUUGCUCCGCAUAUGUAAAGCAUUCACAGAAGCCGUCCACGGCUCAGUGGGAGGGGUCUCAAGAG